UCCUCCGACGGCUAGCGGGCCAACAGCGGAACAGCCGGGCGGAUAUGAUUCCUAUUGCCGCGAUUCCUAUUGGUUGACAUUACCUCGGUCACUCACCUUUCGAUCUUUGCCGGUGACGGAGGGGAUUUGACCAUUGCUAAAAGUGCCGACUCUAGCCUUUCGUCCCCCUCAGCCCCUUCUUAACAGCGCUUUAUCCCUUGCCAUGCAUCUGCCCCGUGUAUAGGAACACCCAGAACGUACGCUACUUUGCUCCCUUCCUUUUCUUGACAAUUUCGCAAUGGCUUCGAAAGGAGCCGUUUUGCCUCUUUUCAGGCGCGAACUGCGGCCUGCCUCUUCCCGCCUCUCGAGAUCUUCGUUCUCAUCUGCUGCGAAUCUUGCUCGGAGCUCCAGGAGCUCCGCCUUAAGGUCUAGCCGGAGGACAAGCCGCCAUGCAGCACUCUUCACACCUAGUCGGGCAUCCGGACAAAUUCGAUCCUUUUCGCAGUCUCUGUCAACCAAACUCACCGACGAGAACGGCCAUUUCGAUCCCCGGCAAGUGGAAAGAGAAUCGGAUGAAGUCGAUGUUUGUAUCGUUGGUGGCGGUCCCGCCGGUCUUGCUGCAGCGAUUCGAUUAAAGCAGCUGGCCAAUGAAGCUGGUAACGAAGAGUUCCGUGUUAUUCUGUUGGAAAAAGCCGGCGAGCUAGGCGCACAUAUCCUUUCGGGUAAUGUUCUUGAACCGACCGCUAUUAACGAGCUUUUACCGGAUUGGCUCUCGGAGGAAAAUCCCUCAAGAUUCGAGGGAGCCACACCGGCUAAAGGAGACAAGAUGCGUUUUUUGACCCAGAACUCGGCGAUUCCCAUUCCAUCGCCCCCGCAAAUGAACAACCACGGUAAUUACAUCAUCAGCUUGAACGAGUUGACCAAAUGGCUGGGUGAACGGGCCGAGGAGCUGGGCGUGGAAAUCUACCCUGGAUUCGCUGCCAGUGAACUGGUCUACAAGUCUGAUGGUUCAGUGCUUGGCGUUGCAACCAACGAUCUCGGCGUAGGACGAGAUGGCACUGCCAAGGAGAGUUUCGAGCGUGGGAUGGAGUUCCACGCUCGUGUUACCCUCCUUGCGGAGGGUUGCCAUGGCAGUUUGACGAAGCAGGUUAUCAAGAAGUACGAUCUCAGACGUGACAGCCAACCGCAAACGUAUGCAAUCGGACUGAAAGAGGUCUGGGAAAUUCAACCGGAGAAGUUUAAGUCGGGUGAAAUUAUUCAUUCCAUGGGUUACCCGCUGCCCAAGGAUACAUAUGGUGGAUCCUGGUUGUAUCAUUUUGGCGACAACAUGGUCAGUGUUGGCUUAGUGGUUGGCCUUGAUUAUCCGAAUCCAUGGCUCUCGCCCUAUGGCGAAUUCCAGAAGCUUAAGCACCACCCUCUUUUCAAAGAGGUUUUGGAAGGUGGCAAAUGUAUCUCGUAUGGCGCAAGGGCGCUGAACGAGGGUGGCUUCCAAUCCAUUCCAAAGUGUGCCUUCCCUGGUGGCGCUCUGGUCGGAGACACUGCUGGGUUUUUGAAUGUUCCGAAGAUCAAGGGUACUCAUACGGCCAUGAAGUCGGGUAUGCUCGCUGCUGAAUCCGCGUUCUCAGCUUUGCAAGGUAAGGACGAUGGGACUGUUUUUCUGUUUGACUAUGAGGAUACUCUUCGGAAGUCGUCGAUCUGGAAGGAGUUGUACGAGGUGCGCAAUAUGCGACCCUCCUUUAGCACGCCGCUCGGCCUCUACGGUGGUAUCAUGUACUCCGGUUUGGAAGCCUACAUUUUCAAGGGCAGGACCCCAUGGACACUCAAGCAUCACAGCACGGAUGCCGCAGCCACCAAACAAGCUUCCGAGUGUGAAAAGAUCGAGUACCCUAAGCCUGAUGGUGUGAUCAGUUUCGAUAUUUUAACUAGCGUGAGCCGGACCGGUACCAACCACGAAGAAGACCAGCCGGUGCACCUGCAGGUGGAAGACUGGGACAAGCAUAAAGAUAUCGCUUGGCCUAAAUACAAGGGUGUUGAAAACCGGUUUUGCCCCGCUGGAGUGUAUGAAUAUGUCGAGGAUUCGACUAAGGAGCAUGGUGUUCGGUUCCAAAUCAACGCUCAGAACUGCAUUCAUUGCAAGACCUGUGAUAUCAAGGUGCCUACACAAGACAUUAAUUGGCAAACCCCUCAAGGUGGCGAGGGUCCUAAAUAUUUCAUGACUUGAUUCAAACCUUGUAUGGUCAGUACUUGGUAAUUGUACGGUCAAUUGUAUUUCGCCUUGUAUAAAAAAAGCAGCUGAUUGGGUUGGGCGGGGUUCCUGUAUAUAGAUUUCUAGUUUUUGUUCAAAUAAUUCUGUUCCAAAGAGUGACUUGAUUCUCUUGUCUUUGGCGUGCGCAGAGAAUGAGGAAAGAAAGAAAGAAAGAAAGAAAGAAAGAGAAAUAAAUAAGAUAUUAACCUGUACAUUCUAUGUUCCUAUAGAUCCAGUGUAAUCAGCUAUACUCCUUAAGUGGUGCUACAUACUAAUACCAAGUAUUGUAUAACAUAUCCUAAUAAAAUAGGUCUUGCGGCU